GAACACCCACCAAACCAAAGCAAUACAAUACAAAUAAAUACCAACCACCCACCAUAGUUGAAACUUGAACAAGCCUUUUUAAGUCAGUCUCCAUCUGUCCUACAUUAAGUCUAAACUCCGCCACAACAACACUAUAUAGCCAACCAAACCAACCAACUAAACCAACCACUUGGUACUGUGGACACACAGAGAGAGAGAAAGAAUGGCGAGCUCUGGAUCAACAUUGGAGGACAUACCUUCGGUUGACAUCAUGACUGAACUCCUCCGUCGCUUCAAGUGCAACUCCAAGCCUGACAAGCGCCUCGUUCUUGUUGGUCCACCUGGAUCUGGAAAGGGUACACAGUCACCAAUUAUUAAGGAUGAUUAUUGCUUGUGCCAUUUGGCUACUGGUGAUAUGCUAAGAGCUGCAGUUGCUGCAGAGACUCCUCUUGGAAUUAAGGCUAAAGAAGCAAUGGUGAAGGGAGAACUUGUAUCUGAUGAUUUGGUUGUUGGGAUUAUUGAUGAAGCUAUGAAGAAGCCAUCAUGCAAGAAGGGUUUCAUUUUGGAUGGUUUCCCAAGGACCUUGGUUCAAGCACAAAAGCUUGAUGAGAUGCUUGAGAAGCAGGGGGUUAAAAUUGAUAAGGUGCUCAACUUUGCAAUUGAUGAUUCCAUAUUGGAGGAGAGGAUCACUGGUCGAUGGAUACACCCUUCCAGUGGUAGAUCUUACCAUACAAAAUUUGCACCUCCCAAGGUUCCUGGUGUUGAUGAUGUCUCAGGAGAACCUUUGAUUCAACGAAAAGAUGAUACUGCAGAAGUUCUCAAGUCAAGGCUGGCAGGCUUUCAUAAACAAACUGAACCGGUUAUCGAUUAUUAUGGAAAGAAGGGUGUUCUUGCACACCUUCAUGCGGAGAAAACCCCAAAUGAGGUCACUGCUGAGGUUCAGAAGGUUCUCUCUUCAUAAUUUUCACCCCUUUUUGUGUUAUUAAAUCAUGUCUCAAAAAAACUAAUUUGUAAUCCGAUAUAUUGUCGGAUCGGCUGGUUUCCCCUUCCAAUCAAGUUUUUUAUGCCAGGCUUCUAGCUGUUUUAAGAGUUUCAUGGGUGCUUUUGACUUGGUUGAAUAAUAAGUUCACAGUAAAAUUUGAGAAUUUUGUGACAAUUUUUUGGAAAUGAUCACUCUUCUAAAUACUUUUCUUUCAA